UCUCGCAGCUGUGGAGUGUCUCAGUCUGAGUGAGGGAGCCAUGGCCGCGGACACCGAUGACAGUGAGGCUCCUCUUCACAUGGAUUACGAGGCGAAGGUUUUCCCUCACAGCGGCGGAUACGGACGCUACAACCGGGUGGUGGUCUUGUUCAGCUGGUUCCCAAACUUCGCGGUCACGUUGAAUCUGCUCAGCGACAUUUUCUUCACCCACAUACCGGAGUCGUACCACUGUACGCCCGACCCGGAGCUGCUGCCCUCCGCGUUCCUCCUCAGCAACUUCUCCAGGCAGGGAUACUUGAACGUCGCCAUCCCGUGGGUGAACGGCUCCGGUCGGAGCCACUGUGAACUCUUCAAAUAUCCGCCCAACACCUCCGACUUCUCGGGUCAUGUUCCCAGAGAGAGGGUGUCCUGCACCCGAGGCUGGGACUACGUUCACUCUGCGGGGCUUCACACCAACUUUGUCACUGAGUGGAACUUGGUUUGCAGCGACUACUGGAAAAUCCCUUUGCAGCACAUCUGUUUUAUGAUGGGAUGGAUUCUGGGAUACAUCCUCCUUGGUACAUUGUGUGACUGGUUGGGCCGUCGGCGCGGGUUCCUCGUGUCCAUCAGUCUGUCCAGUGUGUUGGGGAUCGCUGUGUGUUUGUCCAACAGCGCUGUGGUGUUUCUGCUGCUGCGUCUCUCUCAGGGCGCCAUGCUCGCCGGAGUGUUUUUGUCCUCGUACAUCGUCCGGUUGGAGCUGUGCGAUCCUCCCCACCGCCUCAUGGUCGCCAUGAUCAGCGGCUUCUUUGCCGUGUUCGCAGAGCUGCUGUUGCCGGGUGUCGCGGUCCUGUGCCGUGAUUGGCCCAUCCUCCAGGCUGUGGUCACGUUGCCUCUGCUCCUGUUGCUUUCUUACUGGUGUUUUGGCUCAGUGUUUCCUGAGUCUCCUCGCUGGCUGCUGGCCACGGCUCAGAUCCCUCAGUUCAAGCAAAGCGUCCAGGGAUUCUCCACCAGGAACGGAGUCUGUCGGCGUGAUGAGAUUUACCCUGGAGAAACUCUGCUGUCAGAGAUCGACUCAGUGUACGGAGAAGACUGUCGCCCGAGUUAUCACUCAGUCCUGGAGCUGCGUCAGACUCGUGUUAUCUGGAAGAACUGCCUCAUCCUCAGCUUCACUCUGUUCAUAGGAACAGGAAUCCAGUACUGUUUCACCAGGAACCUCCACAGCUUCUCCACAAACUUCUACUUCAGCUACUUCCUCAGAGUGAUCACUGGAGCGCUGGCCUGCGUCUUCAUCUGCGUGACGGUCGAGCGCUUCGGUCGGCGCGGGAUUCUCCUGCUCUCUGCCAUCAUCACUGGACUGUCGUCGCUGGUGCUGCUGGCCCUCACUCAGUAUCUGCGUGGAGGUCUGGUCCUGGUUCUCUCUGUCGUGGGUCUGCUGUCCUCUCAGGCUCUCGCGAUGCUCAGUGUGUUCUUCGCCUGCGAGGUGAUGCCAACUGUGGUCCGAGGUGGAUGCCUCGGCUUGGUGAUGGCGGCGGGUUGCGUUGGCAUGGCCGCUUCCUCCCUGAUGGAGCUCCAGAACAACAGCGGCUAUUUCCUCCACCACGUCAUUUUCGCCUCCUUCGCCGUCCUCUCCGUCCUCUCCAUAAUGCUCCUGCCCGAGAGCAAGCGCAAGCCGCUCCCCGACUCUCUGAAGGACGGCGAGAACCAGCGGCGCCCGCCUCUCUUCCUGUCCCGGCCAGACAGGGUCAGCCUGCCUCUACUGUGCACCCGCCCCCCUUUGUCAGCGUACAACCCCGAAAACUACUCGCGCUUAGUUUCUGCCACAAGGAAGAUGUUGACUAAAGAGAGUUUGCCUUACAGGAUCUCUGCGCCGGCUCUUUCCCCUCUGCUGUCAGGCAGUGAAACACAGGAACAGGAGAAUGAGACCCAGGAUGGAUACGUUCGAAGAACCUCCUCGUCCUCGUCCGUGACAAACUUGAAUUAUCCCUCUUCGGUCUUCUAGACAAACUGCAUCUCUGACAGUUCACUACAAUCUUAAUUCAGUUACAGUCAGUGGCUGCUCAUAACUCUGCUUGGACGCAGUGCACUUUAGAGCCAAGGCUCCAAGUCUGUCAGUCGUCAGGAUUAUUAUUAUUAUUAUUUUACACUUGAAACUGUAACCGUUUAUUUUUUUUUAUUUUUUUUUUGUCAUCCAAAGCUUUGUGAAGGCUUGGAAAAUCCCCUUUGUGUUGUGACGUCGCAUGUUGUGUCUCGUGUCAAAACAAGCUUUAAACCCCGGGGCCAUGACCUACGACCAGGCUCCUAUUGGACGAUACCAGCUGUCGAUGCCACUGGUGUCCACUCACACAAGCCAUGCUUUAUCAUCCAUUUUCCUCUGAAAGGGAAGAUCAAUUAUUGACACCAUGUUCUGCUGGGGAAGAGUGGAAACUCAUGGUUAAAGCCAUUAACUCCUCAGGAAAAUGUUAUAAAUCAUGUAAAACAUAGACUUCCAUUCAAAUGGAGUUCUUUCUGCGAUCAGCGAGUUAAUGGUCUCAGUCACUAGUUUCAGUUCUUCUUCGAUAUCACAUUAUGUCAAUUUUGUAGAUUAUGUUCCCAUCAUAAUGUGAAACUCAAAUUCUUAACACUACACCCACUUUUUAUAUACAGUCCUUUAUUCCCGUGGAAAAUGGCCACACACACACACUCGUUUGGACGAAUUCAAACCAAAUUCUUUUUUAACGCUGGUUCCAGCUGCUGCUGCUGCUGGUUGGUCAUGUGAGCAGCAGCCCCGUGUCCGUUCAUUAGUAACUCGUGCACUUUUCAUUACGUCUGUUGGUGUCAGUGCUGAGAAGAACCCAGUGACUCACACAGGUCUGGUUCAUGGCGUUGUGUUGUGCCCGUCGCGCACACGUGAGGGCGCUAAAUGAAGCACUGUCACACAGAGAAAACGCCAUUCAUGAGUGCUUAAUGGUUGAACCACUUGCAAGAAAUACUCAGGCUGUUAAUCUGAAUAUUACACUUACGCACAACUGUUAUUUACUAAUUGUUUAUUUUUUUUCAUUUACAGUGUUCCAAAUAUGAGAAGCAUCAUGCAGACAAAAGGUCACAGCUUUGUGUCCUUGGAGAAUUUGGAUUUACCAACACAACAAUUUAUUCAUUUUAUUUGAUUUUAUUAUUUAAAAAAAAAAAAUGCUUUUAUUACUUUAGAAUUUAACAGAAUCGGUGACGGAGGAUGAGUGGUGGAUAUUUUCUUAAGUGCUUCAGCAGGAUGUUGAAGUCUUCAAGGUUGUCUUUUGUGUGUGUGUGUGUGUGUGUGUGUGAUAGAUUUUUACUUUUGUUCAUAUGCUCUUUCUAACCUGCGUCUUAUUUUUUAUAAUGUCAUCAGUUAACAGAACCAAAUCAACUUCUCAGAUCUUAAAACACGUGAUCAACAAACAACAACAACAGUGGCAUUUUGAAAACAAUCAAAUCAAACGCACAACCCGUUCUGAACACUAGAUGGAGCACUUCCACUUUGGAAUAGGGAACACUUUGUGUGUCUUUGUUUAUUCACAUUACACUUGUGUGACUUUUAUUUGUGUUAAAAACAAGAUGACUCAAACCUUA